AUGAAAAAAUAUUGUUAUGAUGUAAAUAUUUUAUCAUUUGGUAACAUUCAAGAUGAUACAGAAAGAUAUAAAGAGAUGGUAGAAUGGGUUAAAUCAUAUAGAGAAUUAAACAUGAGAAAUACUUUACGUCAAAAAAAACCAAAAAUUUUAUGUCCAAUAUGUAAUUCUUAUUUAAAUCUUUCUGACACAUAUUGUGUAGGUGAUUGUUGUCAUAGGGUCUGUUAUGACUGUAUAAAAAAACAUGUACAACAAGAAAUUAAUUCAAAAAAUGAAUAUAUUAACUGUCCAUGUGAUCAAUGUGAGUGUAAAUUAGAUAAUGCACCUCGACUAUUUAAAGACAAAAUAAUUUCAAGUGAAUUGAAAGAAAAAUAUGAAAAAAAAAUGAAUGAUGCUUAUUUAAAGAAAAAUAACUAUUCUCCUUGUCCACUAUGUCAUGAACUAUUACCGCCAUACGAUGGUCCAAAUAAAAGGCAUUGUAAUUAUUGUAAUGAAGAUUACUGCUAUAAUUGUCAUGAAAAAUGGCAUGAAGGAUUUACAUGUCAACAAUAUGCCAAUUAUAAGAAAAUGGCUCCUCUUAUAAAAGAAUUAUUUGUUGAGGGAUUAAAGUUUAUUAAAAAAGAAAAUGAUCCAAAUUUAUCAAAUAGUAUUAUUCAAUUUAACUCUAUGUUAUUGAAUAACUGUAUGUCCUACCAAAGAUUUAUAAAAUCAUUUAAGGACACCCCUUGUAAUCAUGCCUCUGAUGGAUUUUUUGCUUGGCAUGGAAGUUCUGAGGUAGGUGUUAAAGGGAUUUGUCAAGAAGGUUUUGACCCUAAGAGAAGAUUAGGUCAAGCACAUGGUGCUGGUGAAUAUUUUGGAGUUACAGCAAGAAUCUCAGGAGAUUAUUUAAAAGAAGGCAGUCAUCAUAUGAUUUUAACAUUUAUUUCAAAUAAAAAAUUUAAUAAAAUACAUAACAAUUUUUGUUACGUAAUAAAUAACCCUUUGGAUUGGAGUUAUUCAUAUUGUCUUCCAUUAUUUAUAGUAUCAUAUGGUAAUCAUUCAGAAGUAGAUUAUGUAUCAAAGGAAAAUUAUUAA